AUGGCGGGCCGCUCGAGCCUGGAGGAGCUGGAGCUGACGGGCGAGGAGGCGGAGCGGCUGCGCCUGGCCUUCCAGGACGAGGGCUUCCGCCGCCUCUUCGCCGAGUACGCGGCCGAGCUGUCCGACCCGGCGCAGCGGGCCGUGUACGAGGCGGAGGUGGCGGCCCUGGAGCGCCAGCGCGGCGUCGAGGCCCGCUUCCUCCACCCCACCCCGGGCUGGGUGCUGCGCACCAGCCAGGCCGGCGCCCGCCGCUGCUACCUCAACGUCUGCAGCAACGCCCUGGUGGCGCCGCCCCGGGCCGCGCGCGAGCCCGGCGGCAGCCGCUGGGCCCUGCCCCACUGCCUCGCGCCCGGCCGCGAGGAGCUGGCCCGAGGGGGCCGCCGCCGCCUGGUCUACGACGUGCUCUUCCACCCGGACGCCCUGCGCCUGGCCGCCCGCUCGGCCCGCUUCCGCCGCCUGGUCGACGAGACGGCCCUGGAGGCCGUGGAGCGGCACUUCUCGCCCGGCCUGGACCGCGCCAACGCCGCCCCGCUGCGGGGGGCCAAGUACAAGGGCGUCCCCACCGCCAGCCUCCUCCGCACACCGCUCCCCGAGGGGGCAGCCCCGCCGCCCCCGGACGGAGGAGGAGGAGCAGAGGGGGGCUCGCCGCUGCCGGCCUUCCCCACGCCCUACGCCUACCCGCCGCCCCAGCCCGCCGCCGCCGCCGCCGACCCGCAGCCCGAGCCGGGCCCCGCCGCCGCCGCCGCCGCCCCCACCACCCCGCGCUGGACCCUGCGGCAGCGCUCCUACGUGGACCUGCAGGACUACCGCUGCAGCCGCGACUCCGCGCCCGGCCCGGUGCCCCGCGAGCUGGAGGUGGCGGUGGAGCUGCCCUUGCUCCGCUCCGCCGCCCAGGCCCAGCUGGAGGUGCGCGGGAGGGAGCUGCAGCUGGACUCGCGGGCCCCCGCCGCCGCCUACCGCCUGCGCCUCCCCUUGCCCUACCCGGUGGACGAGGGCCGCGGGAGAGCCGUCUUCGACAAGAGCAAGAGGCGGCUCGUGGUCACCUUGCCCGUCCGGCCAAGGCCCGGAUACGCGGGGGGGCAGGGCGAGGAGGCCCCGCCGGAGGAGGAGGAGCAGGAGCCUCCGGGAAGCGGCAGCUCGCCUCUCCACCUGGAGACUCCGGCGGGGUCCUGCGCCCACCCGCCGAACCACCGCCCCGGCGGGCAGCCGCUGCCUCUCGCCCACGUGGGGGCGAACCACGUGGAGCUUCCGGCGCGCGCCGGAGAAAGCGGUCCGGCGGCGGUCGGGGCCAGCGGCGGGGCGGGCGAGUCGCCGGGCGCUUCCGCGGCUUGCCCGGCCCCUCUCGAUGCCCACGUGGGGCCCGCCCCCGAGCCACCCGGGGACCCGGAGGCUCGCGACCGGGUGGCUCCGGGGGCCGCGAACUGUCGCCUCGAGGCCCAGGCCUGCGACGGGAGCGCCGGUUCAAGUGCCGCGGAAGGUGCCCCGUGCGACAGCGACGACAAGGGCCACGCGUCGGGCCCCGCUCCUCUUGACCCCGAGGUGUGUGUUGGCGUGACUGUGUGCUGUGGCAUAACUAGCCCUCCUCCGGUAUCUGAAGUGGGGCUAGGUACUGACAUGGAUCUUACAAAAUGCCCCAAGGUCACCGGUACCGUGCCCUCAUCAGGCCUUGGCGAUGCCACGGUCCCUUCGAUGCACCUCUGCGGGGUCGGCUCCAGUGGCCCUGUGACCACGGAAUGCCACAGCCUCUCCAACCCAGAUCACGGUGGGGAAACCUGUACCGGUACGGACGUCUCCUGGUACCCUGGUAGCAAUCCUGAAGCAUCGGUACUGUCCAGCGCCGCCCCCUCUGCGGAUCUUUCUGUGACCACCGUUAGUCCCACAAACGGCCCCCCAGGUUCCCUUCUGCUUUCCAGGACCGGCCUUGUGGUUGCCCCAGAGACCACCUUAAGCUCUCCUGACUCUCCAGAGCCCCCCAGCGACCCAACUCCUCCCCUGUGCCCUCCUUUCCAGUGUACCCAGGAUGAAGAGGCCUUGAUGCUGCUCUUACCAGUGCCGGAUAUUGUCCCCCAGAGCCUUAAAGGGAAGGUGGGCACAAAUCACUACAGGGUUAGCUUUGCCAGCAAAGACUCGGUUUCCUACACCCUCCUCUUGCAGCUUCCUCCUGAAAAUAAAUUGACUUAUCCAGAAACUGGCAUCAGCGUGUCAUUAAAUAACACUGUUAUUCAUCUGACGAAGGCACCUGAGACUGCCGGACUUUGGACAAAGCUAUACUUUGGUCUAAAUGAAGAUGCCUUGCAGGAAAAGUUGUUUGUUACCGAAGACAACGUCGCUGGGUUUCUGGACAGCCUCCAAAUACCCUCCUGUGCUAGCCAGCCCGAAACGGAACGUCAGCCGUUAAUUGAAGUGCUCAAUGUGUCUGAGGGGAACAGUCGGUUCCGAUUAAAGGCACAGGAGCAUAACAGCCCUGAAGCUGGCAAAACAGAAGAGAAAGUUAAUCCCCGGACGGAGGACGGUGAACACCCAUUCAGUGCAGAAAAACACCCUCUCAUUACUGACCCAGCAGGAGAGCACACCAUGCAAACCAAAAAGGCCUUCAACUCACUCACAGCUGCGGAAACAAAGGAACCGGCUGGGUGGGGACAGAGCCAUUGUUUGGAGCCUGGCCCUGCUGACUCUGGCUCGGCUACUCCUGGGAAGUCGCAGAUAAUGAAGUUCCAGGAGUCAGAACUUGCUUUCACAACAGAGCUGAGAGCCACGUCCACAGAGCAAAUGCGAGCUGAUGGGGGUGAGCACGCCGGAACCAGAGAAGACACCUGCUCAGACUCGUGCAAGAGCAGCAGCCCGGCUGCUCCGGUACUAAGGGAAACUGACAUGAGAGACGGAAGCGUGCAGAUUAUUAGCCAUCACACAACACACUGUGCUGUCUCCUUUCAGAAUCCUUUGUUAUAUGAGCUAGAUUAA